AUGGCUAAAAACUUCUUCGUAUCUUUUGUAUCAUUUUCGAAUUGUUUCGUUAAUUUACCUUUCUCGAUUUCUGAAUUGCUCUACAAAAAGGAUCAGUUGCCACAAGAUGUUAUUCUGGAAUUAUCGUGGAAUGACGAUAACUCUAGCUUAUGUAAAGCAUACGUUGGAUGGUCGGGAAGUUCUACCAAUAGAUCGGAUACCAUCGAGAUUGACCCUCAGUUCGGGAAAGCUAUUAACCUACAUGAUGGCCAGAAGAUAUCAAUGAGGUUACACAAUAUGGUACCCGAAGCUAAAACUGUGAGUGUUGAACCGUGUAGCGUAGAUGACUGGGAGAUUGUGGAACGUCGAGCGGAUUACUUGGAAAACCAUUUCAUUGAGCAACAGCGCGUUGUCUAUCCUAACGAAAUAGUCAUUCUCUGGAUUAAUUCAAACUUAACGCGGUUAAAAAUAGUGGAAAUACACCCAAAGAGUGAUUUUGCAAAGUUGGGCGAGAAUUCGGAAAUAAUCGUCGCGCCGAAGCCAAGAAAAACAAUAAAUGGCGUUCACAAAUCUUCUGAAACGAAAGACAUCAUGUCUAACGGUGCAUUCAAAUCUCAAGCAUAUUGCCUGCGCCUACUACCAGCCGAAUUUCUUUCUGUUGACUUAUUUCAGUCAGACACGAAUUAUUUUUGUUCCGUAUACGUUCACCCUGUGGAUUUUUCAAAUGCCAGACUGUCAAAUUCAAAGGUUGCACGGAUAUCGAAGGUAUCCUCUCCGCAUAGACACAAAGAGGCAGAAGAGAAAUCCGAAAAUGGGGAUAAAAACAAUGCAUCACCUGCACUUUAUGUCAAAGUUUCGGUGAAUCCGAAUGUAAUUCCGGGACAUGUAGUGCUUGGUGGUUUCAUAAUGGAUUCUUUGGAUGCUGAAAAAUUUGACGUCAUUCGAUUGUCGACUCCACAAUCAAACCCUUCCCAAGUGUUUAAUAUAAUGAUUCACUUCAUAUCAAGCCCUUUCCAAUCCACUUCCUUGAAGCAUAAUAAUGGAGCCAGUUCAGCAGAUGCAUUAGAGAAAUCUUCAUUUCCAAAUGCUUUGAUGACUUCUUUCAAAGCCUGGAUUGAAGAAUUAUCAAACUCCUCGGAAGUGGUUUUGACGAAUGGAAUGAAAUUAUCUUUAAAGCCUGACGAAGUGAAUGUCAUAGUGUCGUUCGGUGGGAAUGAAAAUGGAAAUCAGAAUGACACUCGUCACGGGGCAAUCGACUCCUCAGACGAAUUUGCAAUAUUGACGAAGAGUCAACUAUUGGAUGCUAAAAUUGAAAUAGGCGAAAAUGUUUCGAUACCGGAUCAUAAACUCAUGAAACAGCCUUCCGUAGGAAAUCUGCCGUUACUUGCUGGUGUCGAAAAGUUGACACAAAGGUUGCAGGGAUACCUAAGAUAUUGCAUAGGGAAGGUCUCUUUGCGGAAUUCUCUGAAUGUCCCAGGUUUGGGUGGAUUGUUAUUGUGCGGAGGUCAUGGAUCUGGCAAAACCUGUAUUGCAAAAACCGUUGCAUCGAAUUUGCAAUAUGAUUUAAAUACUUUGGCUUAUUGCUCGGUUAUCAAGUGUACUGAAUUAUCGGAAGAUCGAAUAUCAUCUGUAAGGGAUAAAUUACAGCAAUAUUUCGAUGACGCAGCUUGGCAUGCUCCGAGCAUAUUGUUGUUUGACGACCUUGAUAGACUAAUCCCAGCUGAGGUGGAGCACGUAGAUUCCUUCAGGUUCCGACAAUUGUCAGAGUGCUUUUUCCAAAUCGCGUCAAAAAUGAUCAAAAGGCACCGCAUAACCAUUUUAGCUACAGCGAGACAACGGACUUCAGUUCACUCGUUACUCAUCACGAGUCAUUUGUUUAGCGAGAUUGCACAGCUGAACCCACCAACAAAAGCGGAGAGACGAGAUAUAUUAAAAGCGAUUAUGUCUUCUGGACCAGAAUUGACCCAGAGGAGUGUGCCAAAUAUCGAUAUGCUUUUAAUCGCGAGUGAAUGUGAAGGUUAUCUAGCUGCCGAUCUCAAGGCGCUUGUAGAACGGGCGACACACGAGGGAGCGACCAGGCAACUGCAGAGUGAAGCUGAUGGAUCCGAACUCUUUUUAACGCAAGAAGAUUUUCGUCGAGCCCAAAAAGAUUUCGUACCUUUCUCACUGAGAGAUGUCAAAUUACAAACUUCGGACGUUAGUUGGACUGACAUAGGAGGUCUUGAAGAAACUCGGAGAGUAUUGUUGGAAACUUUGGAAUGGCCCACGAAAUAUGCAUCCAUCUUUGCCAAUUGCCCCCUCCGAUUACGAUCGGGGCUUCUGCUAUAUGGUUUUCCUGGCUGUGGAAAAACAUUACUUGCUUCAGCGGUUGCAAAAGAGUGUGGAUUAAACUUUAUCAGCGUCAAAGGUCCAGAACUUUUGAACAAAUAUAUUGGCGCCAGUGAAGCAUCAGUGCGGGAUCUCUUCGAGCGCGCGCAAGCCGCCAAGCCUUGUAUAUUAUUUUUUGAUGAAUUUGAUUCUAUUGCUCCCAAGAGAGGGCAUGACAGCACUGGCGUGACUGACAGAGUAGUCAAUCAAAUGUUGACUCAAAUGGAUGGUGCCGAAGGUCUUGAAGGAGUUUAUGUUCUUGCUGCUACAAGUCGACCAGAUCUUAUAGACCCGGCAUUACUGAGACCCGGACGUUUGGACAAGUCAUUAUUCUGCAAUAUGCCCAAUUACAAUGAAAGACUCGAGAUAUUGAAAGCUCUUUCGCGAAAAGUGGACCUUGGCGAAGACGUCAAACUAAGCUUCUAUGCAGAAAAAUGUCAAGGAUACUCUGGCGCUGAUCUGCAGUCAUUAUUAUAUAAUGCACACCUUGAAGCGAUUCAUGAAACAAUUGAUGCCGAAAAGUCCUCCGAGAAGAGGACAACCAACUCUGAGAAUAUUGAAUUGCAAUUCACGUCCUUCAAUAUGAAUUCAUCAAAGAAAGUCACAACCUUUACGGCCGCGGAGAAAACCCAAAUAAUAAAAAGGCUUGCACUUGUCAAGAAGGCAUCCUUUCCAAAAAAGUUUGUCAAGGUGAAAGAAGGAGGUCAAGAUAAUGUGCAGACCAAGUCCAAGGCAGUAAUAAACGAUGUUCACAUGCAAAAAUCACUGAAGAUCACCCGUCCUUCAACAACUCCUGAAGAAUAUUUAAGAUUGGAUGCAAUAUAUAAAGAAUUCAUCACCGGAAGAAACGGCAAAAUGCCAAGCGGGAUCUCGAGUCACGAAAUUGGUCAGAGAACUACAUUAUGCUAG